UACCACAGUUACAAAAAAUUAUAGAUCAAACUUCCAGUUAAGGUUGGUUUUUUCCCUCUUGUAGUACAACUGUUCUUUUUUUCUUUGUUCCACUUUUCGUGUUAUCGGCAGCCGCAUCGUAAUAUGUUUAUAUUCUAUACAAUCAUGAGCCAGCAAGAUGUCAGGCAACCGAAUAAUUCCAGUCAACCACCGGAUGUUCACUGAGGAAUCAUUCUGAGUUAUACUUCGCUCUCUGCUCACUAGUGCACUGUUACCCAAAAAGAGCCCUUAGUGGCUUUUUUCAAAAGGGGGAAGUGAGACCAGAUUAUGUUCUGUGCCACCUCUUUCAAGUGAGCACUAUUUUAUGUCAUAACCCUUCAGCUUAUAUUGAGCACUUCUUGGCUGAUAUUGAGUAGUUUUUACUCAGCGGUGACAUCAUCCUCCAGUGAUGGCUUCCGUAGAAGACCUACCUGACGAGCUUUUAGAGAAAUUAUUGCUUUACUUGAGACCUGGGGAUCGUCUGAACUGCGCCUCUGUAUGCCAACGAUGGAAUGUAAUUUUGUGCGGAUCAAGAAUGGUUGAAGAUGUUCGUCUUGUUAUAGCCGAGGGUGGGUUGCAAAGGGCGAUGGAAGCCUUGCAGGAGUCUAGCAGGGCAUAUCCUUCUUUACGAAUAGUUAAUGCGUUCCUAGGCACUCUGUAUGACUUCAACGGAUCGUUCUGGGAGCGUGUUGGUGAAAGUUUAAUUGAGCUUCAUCUCGAUGAUUGCGAUCUCUCGGCACUUGUAUUCUACGCGAUCCUUCGGGCGUGCCAGAAUCUAAAAUCCCUUGAAAUCACAGGAUGUUCAAGUUUAAUGAUGUCAGACAGUUUGUUGCGUCCUCUGGAAAAUGUCUCAAGGGAGAAGGUUCAAGAGUCGCUACGUGGAGUCCGUCAUCUUUCACUGAAAUCCAAUCGCUACUUGACGGAUGCAUCAUUUCACUGCCUACUUGAGUUAAUGCCUCACCUAACAUCGCUCAGUUUGGCCGGCUGUACUAUUCUACAAUUUCAUCCAGCAGUCUUCAAACGCUUCCACACCGAAGCAAUCGAAUUCAGCACCACCGUGGUUACGUUUCAGAAUGUACUCGCCUGUAUGAUGAAAUGCAAAAGUCUAUUUACCGCUCUCGAUUUCAGUCAGACGCCGAUUAACGCCAAAGCAAUGGCCUACCUCGGUGAGUUAUACCGCGAUCAUCUGGUCGAACUUCGGCUUAAUCGAUGCGAUCAGCUGACGAAUAACGCAUUUUUGUCGAUUGCGGAAUGCCAAAAACUCCGUGUGCUUUCACUGGCCAGCACUUGUCAGGCUAACGACGCGCAUCUUGAAGCCAUUCUAAAGAAGACGGUGGAUUUAGAACAUUUAGAUCUUCAGGGCUGCUACAGAAUAGGAGAUUCAGCAUGCCACGCUAUUUCCGGAUUGAGAAGAUUACGCUACUUGAGUCUGUAUUCGUGUGCCGCAAUCAGCAACGAAGCAUUGAGCAGUCUACAGAAUAAUCACACGCUGCGCCAUUUAGAUCUGAGCUAUACGAAGUGUGAUGUAACGGUCUUCCAGUCCUUGACGGCCCUAACUCAACUGCGUGUCCUCAAGUUAGCAAAUUGCCGGCGUUUGGACGACGAGUGUCUGCAGCUGAUCUGUGAUAAUCUUCGAAAGCUUGAGGUGCUCAAUCUUGAUUACUGCCUCACAUUUACGGACGCCGGUGUAUCGCAGAUCCAUAAAUUGUCCGGGUUGAGAGAGCUCACUCUUACUGGAGCCGUCGACAUUACGGACCGAAGUCUAAACAGAGGGCUCGGUUCACUGGACAUGAGGUUACUACAGCUCUGCUUGGCUAGUCAACUGACAGAUGCGGCGCUCGUCAGUAUUGCCACUCAUCACCGGUCUCUAGAAUUGAUCGACCUUUCUGGGUGCCCGCAGAUCACAGAUGUGGGGUUGAUCUCGCUAAUUCAGGGCGUACCUCGUCUUCGAACAUUGCUUUUAAAGGGAUGCCGUUCUUUAACGGACCGAAGCCUUCACGUGUUGCUGUCACAUUGUCCGGUGCUUCGACGCCUACUCGUGGAACACUGUUCGAUGUCAGAAGAUGCCAUUAAUCUCUUCGCACACUUGAGGCCGACAGUUGAUGUAAAUUAGAUUGAGAUAAUGAAAUGGUAAAAUGAGAUUGACUGCACGGAGAGCUGUGUAACAUGCCUCCUACAUAGGAUACAUACGGCAUAGUAAACUUAUAACAGCUUUAUGUUGCCAUAAAUGCAUUGCUUCAGCUUGUUAUAAUAUAUACACUGUUAUUAGAAACAGGGUUUUGAAAUUGCCAGAGGCAACCAAUGACAGGGAGCGCUACGCAUUAUCGAACCGUAGCACAGCGAUUACUGAUGCGAAUUCAAAGUUCAUCAUUAACAAAGCUUAUCUGUUCAUCUCGCAAACGCGAUAACUCCAAAUUGUCAUUUCAAACAAGCUACGCAUUUUUUAAAAGCAACAAGUCGUUUUAUUCACAGGUGAUGUUUUCAUUAACAGGAAAAAUGGGUUAACUAUUUCUACAUGUAUAUACGAAGUGCUUGAAAAAAGUAGGUAAGAUAGACUCUUUAGAACCGCCCAUAACAUUCAACCCACAGAAUUUUGAUUCCAGCUUAACUAGUGUAUCAGGAAAAUACCAGAAAGUAUUUCGGUUCUUGAAUACAUAUAAAAAAUACAUGUAGAACUUUUUUAAUAUUUUUUGGUACAUGAAAGAGGGUGCCUCAUUCCACAGUUUAGAGAUUAACCAGUAGUUCCGAGUUCAAAUUAAAAUUUUAUUGAGCUUCUGAAAAACUUCAGGUUUUAUUCUUGCUGCUCUAAUAUUCCUUACAUAACCUAUACAAAAUGCUC